AUGGACUUCGUUGUGGGCGGUCUUGCGGGUGUCGGUGCUGGAUUCUUCAGCAACCCAUUUGACGUGGUCAAGACCCGCAUGCAGUUACAAGGAGAACUGCGGUCAAAAGGCCAACAUGCAGUCCACUACAAGAAUAUACCCCAUGCUAUGUACACAAUAGUGAAACAUGAUGGGAUCGCUGCAUUGCAGAAGGGACUUGUACCAGCUUUGUGGUUCCAACUAGUUGUUAAUGGGGUAAGGUUAGGAAUAUAUCAGCAGUCAGAUAGUUUUGGUCUACUUCGAGAUGAGGAAAACAAUACUAAAUUCAUCAACAGCUUAAUAGUUGGUUCAAUAUCUGGCUUGUGUGGAGCUAUGCUUGGGAGUCCAUUACAGCUGGUGAAAACUCAGCUUAUGUCUUAUUCCUCUAAAAAGAUAGCUGUGGGGACACAACAUGCGCAUCCUGGAAUGAUGUAUGCGAUUCAGAAGAUUUACAGUAAUAAUGGUCUAACUGGCUUAUGGCGUGGGGCCCAUGGAAUGAUGCUCAGAAACUCAAUUGGAUCGGCAUCUCAGAUUGCAUCGUUUGCUGUGUGCAAAGAAUGGAUGGAUAACAACAAUAUGUUUCAACAAUCAAAAUAUUUGUCUACGUUCCUGGCAAGUAACAUUGGUGCUUUAGUAAAAACCGUGUGGCUCACACCAAUGGACGUUAUUAUGACUAGGCUGUAUAAUCAAGCCGUCGAUGCUAACGGCCGAGGUUUACUUUACACGGGUCUGAUGGACUGUGCUCGAAAAAUUACGAAGUCAGAAGGCCUUCUCGCCUUCUACAAAGGAAUGGGGCCCUCCUAUUUAAGACAAGCUCCUCACACAGUCCUCUUGUUGGUCUUCUGGGAUAUGCUGAAGGAUCUGCAAAAAAGUAUUGAAAAUAAAUGUUAA